GAGGUAGCACUUCCGGGUCGCGCUCCCCGGGAGCUGCUAGCUGGGUGACUUCUAGGCGUCCGCGUCCGUGGCCGCCCCUUCUCUCCUCUCCACCCUCGCUGCCUGGGCGCGCGCUCUCCUGGGUCCCCCGUUUCCUCUCGGGGGGCGUCUUUGUCCUUGUCACCUGGGCUCUCCUCGUCAUCGUCGCCGUCGGGAGGAAAGAUGAAUGGGAGAGCUGAUUUUCGGGAGCCGAAUGCAGAAGUCCCAAGACCAAUUCCCCACAUAGGGGCUGAUUACAUUCCAACAGAAGAAGAGAGAAGAGUCUUUGCAGAAUGCAAUGAUGAGAGCUUCUGGUUCAGAUCUGUGCCAUUGGCUGCCACAAGUAUGUUGAUUACUCAAGGACUAAUCAGUAAAGGAAUCCUUUCAAGUCAUCCCAAAUAUGGUUCCAUCCCUAAGCUUAUAUUUGCUUGUAUCAUGGGAUACUUUGCUGGAAAGCUUUCUUAUGUGAAAACUUGUCAAGAGAAGUUCAAGAAUCUUGAAAAUUCCCCACUUGGAGAGGCUUUGCGAUCAGGACAAGCCCGGCGAUCUCUACCCCCUGGGCAGUAUUCUCAGAAGUCUAGAUACGACUCAAACGUGAGCGCGCCGGCAGCCGACGGCGUCGACAAGGAGCCGCUCCCUCGCUACGAGCCCAUUCCAUUCAGCGCCUCCAUGAAUGAAUCCACCCCCACUGGUAUUACUGAUCAUGUUGCCCAAGGACCUGACCCCUCCUUUGAAGAAAGUCCCAAAAGAAAAAGUAUUACAUAUGAGGAAUUAAGGAAUAAGAACAGAGAGUCUUAUGAAGUAACUUUAACACAAAAGACUGACCCCUCAGUCAGACCUAUGCAGGAAAGAGUGCCAAAAAAAGAAGUCAAAGUAAACAAAUAUGGAGAUACUUGGGAUGAGUGAAAAAUCACGGCAUUGGACCUACUGAGGGCGUUCCAUAUCCUGCUUCAUCUGGGCAGUGGACACCUGCAUGCCCUGAGCUCAGCAGCGGUCUUCAUAAACACAUUCAAAAUGAAAUCUGGGCUUUUGUGAUUCGACUUAGGAUGCUUCACAAAACAGUGUAGUGCUUAACGUCGCGUCAAUGUGCCGGUCUUAGGGGACUCUGAACGACGGCCUUACACCAUGAUUGCACGUGUAGAGUUUGGGAACUUGUUUUGAGUCACAGGGCAAAGAUGCUCAUGAACGUGCAGCACUGUGACGCUCUAGGGUGAGCGCGGGUGGAGAUCACUGCCUGCAUGUUGCAUUGGGGAGGGCGGGGGGAGGGCGGGAGGAGCAAGUGUAGCUUUGUGUUCAGCUUUACAUCACAUUAUUCAAAAGACUCUCUGGUAUUUGCUGUAUUAUUUUAAUGCUUGUGGUCAAUAAAAUGUAAAGGAACAUGCAA